CCAAUUUGGAAUAGAUAUUGAACAUAUUAUAUUUUAGCUUCUCGCACAUUUUUCUAUGUGGACAUUUAGUAGUAAAUAAAUCUCACAAGGCAAUGGCAGAUGAAGAUAUGGUUGAAGUGCCCGAAAAACUUUCAAAAUGGUUCACACAUGAUGAAUGGAAACAGAUGUCUUACUAUGAAAGGAAAAGAACUCUUAAUGUUUUGGAGAAUUAUCACACACUGACUGGUUUGGGUAUUAAUGUCCCUAAACCUGAUUUUAUGUAUCCUGCUCUCCACAAGACACCCAGACCUCUUACCCAGAUAACUCCAGUGUACAGCACAAACAAGGUGACAGAGAGACCCAAGGAAAAAGACCAGUACUCUUUCAGGUAGUUGCAAUUUAGUUCAUUAAGCUGUCUUGCAAAAUACAUAUGGACAUUUUGGUUUUAAUA